AUGGCGAAAAUCUACAAAGACUCAAGGGUGGACCUUCGGCCCUACUCGCCGACCACGGUUGCCAAUAUCCAGAUUCCCACUCAAGAGCCCGUCGCCCGUCGCCCACGCUUUUCCAUCUCAUCCACCUCCGAGGAGCCCCCAAUCGCCAAAGACGAAGAUGAGUUCUCCAGGCGCUACCUUGCGACACAGGGCGAGGUCUACUUCCGAAAGCGCAGAGUCUAUCCGAGGACAUUCUUGUGGAGGGUCAUUAAUGACAACAAAGUGCUAGAGAUCCAGUGCGCCGACCUGACAAAGGGCGGUACGGAAGUCUAUGAAUACAAUGUUACUCUGCGCUUGGACUUCCAGGAGCAGAUCCUCCCCUUUGGAGUUGAAUUGUCCGACUCCGCGGACCACGAAAUUAUCAGUCUCUUUGUGAUUACCGCCUCCAAGCACCUUCACACACUCUCCUUGCGCCCUGAGUUCUUCCGCCGAACCUCUUCGAUCGACGAAAAUGUCAGGGAUUGGUGCAAGACCUUCCUCCCUGCCCCUCUGGCCUUUUCGAACCCCCACCGCCUACACGCGAGCAGUCCCCUGGAAUUGUUUAUCUCUCUCGACAAUGGCGCGCUACUGCGGCUGACCCGGAGAGCCGGCGAGGAUGGUUCCCAUUGGUCGCCUCUCACCUUUGACGAACGAACUUGGGGCUCUUCAAUUCGAGGCCUCGUCAAAUGGCACGCCCCCUCCUCGAUCAGACACGACGGACGCAACCUUGAUUUAAACGUUGCAAAUGCGAUUGCCACCACUUCAGACGAGACCCAUGUGUUCGCAAUUUGUUUGAAUCAUACUCUCAAGAUUUGGAACCUCGCAACCAACAAGCUAGCGGCUACGAAGGAUCUUCUUGGACGCUCACUUCAAGAUCCAGAUCUUGCACCGUACACUUUGAAUCCCGCCGAGACAUCAUUCAUGCGCGUAUUCAAUGCCGAGCGAGCAAUGGACGGUGGCCAUCGCUUCUAUGUCGUCACGUAUUCGCCAUUCGAGGAUGGCAAGUUCAAGUUUUGGGCUGUCAAGGGCGGCUUGACAUCUGAACUUGUAAUUGAGGACCUUUUUGCUGAUAAUGUUUUCCGACCUGUUGACCCUGAUGCCACGGGUAACAUGUUUUGGAGCAUUGCUGACUUCCAGAUCAAAACUCGGGAAGAAGGCAAAGGAAUGGAGCUGUGGGUGCUCUGGAGAAACCACGGCCUUUACCAACUGUACACCCUCCAUUUCGAUCUUCAGACUCUGGUUACGGAUUGGGCUACCAAAUGGGUUUCGACGACAUUUGAAACGCAUCGACAAGACCCUCCGCCUUCUCUUGUCGUUGAUGAUGUAGUCGACCCCACCGAAAAAUGGCUAGAAUACCUCAUGCAACCGAAUAGAUAUUUGCCCGAGGUCCUUGAGACUGCUCUGGCCGUCUAUCAGGAAGCUAUCAAACCAUUAUCUUCAGUUUCACCUGGGGGACUCAAAAAGAGUCUGCCUUUAGUGGAACGACUCUGCUCCACAAUUGCAGCGGCAGUUUCUCUUCGGAAAUUUGCGGAUGAGGAGAUGGACUACUCCCGCUAUACUUCAGAUACGGACUCGAAGUGGCGCCAGUUCUGGCAAGUUGCGGAAGAUCUCAAUAAACGCCGGUUCGAGCCGAUCUCUCUCGCCUACGACUCGUACACCGAUAUGCCGUGGCUUCUUCUGUCUGAUUCUUGCGCUGUGGUGCGCGAGUGCAGUAUUACUGAACUCUUCCUGCACAAUUCCAGCACCGAACUAAAGGACGCAGUGCCAAAGAUGGUGGACCGUUGGAGGCAUCGAAAUGUUGCAAGGGAGCUGGGCCCGAAAUUCGAAACAGCCUCUGGAUUGUUGAAAGUGGCGUCCGAUUUCCGAAAGAGAUUCUCUCCAGAGCUUGAUGGGGCAUGCCGAGCAGCUCUGCAGGCCGAAAUAUUUUCUGAGCCUUCUUCCUCGAUCUUGGACCGCAUGGAUAACUUCCGGGAGCGCUGUGACUUUACCAAUCAAAUCUCUAACAAGGCCUUUGACAGCCUCGAUGCAGCCUUAAGUGAACACAUGAAAACUGAUUGUUUAUCUAUGGAUGCUUUCCUCACUAUAAUUCAAACUGCGUCGCUUCACUUCUGCGGAGAGGACUCGGAACUUGCAUCAACAUGCUUUGGUGCCCGAGUUCUUGUCAGUGGUGCACAAGAGACCAUCUCUAUCUCGCGUCAAAUCUUUUAUGAUCUGUUAAUCCUUGUCACAUUCGUGGAUGGCGAAUGGGAACAAACAAGCAAGUCUGACUUUGAUGCGUCCGGUCUUUUCUCAACCCUCGUCGAUCUCCUACGUGAAUAUGAGAUGAUGGCCUGGCUCAGCUCAAAUGUCCGCAAGUGUCCUGACAAAGCAAAGUCCCGCGUUGACUCGUCGACCCAUAGAUCCUCACUCAAAGAUAGCAGCUCGAAGGUCAAGGGUCAGCGAACUGCAAGCAUUCUUGAAGAUCUUUUUGUGGCCGUUAUCAAGCCUCAGCAAGCAAUUGACUCCCCACAAAGCUACACAUUGACUUUGGGCAUCAGGGAUGUUGUGGCAUGGAUCACCCGCGAAGGCGAGGUGAACUAUCAAAACGCAGUGGCUCACAUUCAAUGUGAUUUGAUCGCAAAGAAUAACAUCGACCUCGCGUGGGAUUUCCUUCGUUUCCAAGCAAGUACAUCCUGGUCAACCUACGUUAAGGGUCGUCUGCAUGUGGCCAUGUCAGAAUUCGAUGCUGCGGCUAUUUACUUCCGGAAGGCAGCCUAUUUGCUUUCUUGCGGAAAGCCAAUGGGCAAUCUUUCCGACAUGUCAGCAGAGCUCUUAGAUCUUCUCGAUGUCGAUUGCUUCCACAACGGUCUUGCGAAAUAUUACCAGCAUGUUCUUUCGAUCUUCGAGAAAGUGCGCUCAUACUCCCAUGUCGCGGACUUUGCCAGCCUGGCGCUGCAAGCCCUCGACUCUGAAGUCUGGGCUGAGCAAGACUCUGAAUACCCGGGCGUACGCGAUGAUCUGCUGUCACGUCUGUUCACUGGAGCCCUCAAGACUUGUCAAUUUGACCAGGCAUACUCCGCUCUGGCUAGAUUGCAGGAUCUUAAAUUACAAAAGUCCGAGCUUACAGAGCUGAUCUCCACCAUUAUAGCAGUCUCUGGACCUGGCACUGCUGGCCUGAAGCAGAUUCUCCGUUUCCCUACCUCACUAGUUCCCAACAUCGCCUCCUUCGUCGAUGAGAUCCUCGUUCACCUGACUCACAAACAGACCACCAAUAUUUCCUGGUUAGAUGCGGAUAACAAGUUUUUCCCAGCCUUCCCCGAUUACACCCGCAUUCUACAGGCUUAUCGCAUUGCCCGCGGUGACUACCGCGGCGCUGCUGAGAUCGCCUACGGCAACGUCCAGCGUCUCCGCAAAGCACGCGAUGCCCCUUCAUCAGCCUUGACCCGCAAAGGAAGGGGAGCGGACGAUGCCGCCUGGUCGCCAGUUGAAGAAGAUGAUGCCGAAAGCAAGGAAAUUCGGCAUGAGCUGCUGUCACUAAUCAAUCUCCUCGCUUGCGUCGACAAGAGCGAAGCCUACAUCCUCGUCGAGAACGGUCCUCCGAUCAACGCCGGUCCGAUCUCUCCCCGCGAAAGACGCCCAAGCACUCACGCCGACGAAGACGGAAACAUCUCGAUGGAGGAUGUCGACGUGGCUUCCCCUACACCACUCGGAGGCAGGCGCCGACCCUCCAAUGCCGUGGCUUUCGCACCCACCCACCACAGAGGCAGCAGCAAGUCAUCCGCCAUUGAACGGCGCAACAGCAUUGUGUCUUUUGAAGUCCCUGCGACGAACCACUUGCUCAAGCGCCGUAUUAUCGUCACGCUCGAGCAUCUGCGUCGAGAAUUCCAGUCUGAACUCGAUCGUGUCAGCCGGAUUGAGCGUGGGGAUUGGGAAUUUGGUCUUCUUGAUGAGGAGAAGGACGUGGAUAAUGACGACACGAUGGGUCUGUAG